AGUGUGUGUGUGUGUGAGUGUGUGUGUGUGUGUGUGUGUGUGUGUGUGUGUGUGUGUGGUCUCUUUUGGGUGUGCCUACCUAAACUUAUUUUGCUUACUUCCCCCAUCAGAAAAUACAACAUCUUCUCACUCCCUCACCAUCCCCUCCACCAGCAGUGUGUGUUGUGCACAGGCAGAGCUCCAGUGGUUAGAGUGUGGUGAUAGCCUGAACACAGGAGUUUCACACUAAUUCCCCUUCAGCUCGUACCACAGCCCUGAUCUUUGACCAGCCCAGUCGUUGCUAUGAAUAUCUUCUCUUUCCUCACCUCCUCUUCCUCGUGCCCCAACUUGUACCACUUACCCAGCAAUACCACCGUAUCAAACUACACCGCUGCAGCCAACGAGAUCAACCAUGUCAUCCUGCGGCAUUACAACCACACCGGCCGCCUGCAGAACAGGACCAGCUCGAACACCCAGAGCCACAUCAGUGCCCCCAUGAUCAUCUUCCUCUGCUUCAGUAUUUUAAUCAUCCUGGAGAAUCUCCUGGUGCUGGUGGCCGUCAUCUCCCGCAUCCGACACAGCCGGCGCUGGGUUUACGUCUGCAUUGCCAACAUCACACUCAGCGACCUCCUCACCGGCGCUGCCUACCUGGUCAACAUCUGUUUGUCUGGCAGCCAGACGUUCCGCCUCACCCCUGCUCUGUGGCUCUUCAGGGAAGGGAUGCUGUUUGUGGCCCUGGCAGCAUCCAUAUUCAGUUUGUUGCUGAUUGCGGUGGAGCGUUACACCACCAUGAUGAAGCCACUGCCGCAGAAGUCAGCCAAGAAGACCUACUAUAGGAUCUACGGCCUGGUGGCACUCUGCUGGGUUUUGGCGCUGGUGAUUGGCUUCCUCCCCCUGCUGGGCUGGAACUGUGUGUGCAGCCUGGAUGGAUGCUCCACCCUCCUCCCUCUCUACUCCAAGUCCUACAUCUUUUUCUCCCUCAUCAUCUUCUUCCUCAUCCUCCUGUCUAUUGGCGUGCUCUACAGUGCCAUCUACUGCCACGUACACAAGAGUGCACAGCUGGGCCCCCAGCGCAGUCGCAAACGCUCUUUGGGUCUGCUUAAAACAGUGAUCUCCAUUGUUGGGGUGUUUUUGAUGUGCUGGGGGCCGCUGUUCCUGCUGUUAGUGGUGGAUUUCUUCUGUGUCUCCCGCCAGUGUGCGCUGCUGCUCAACGCUGACUUUUGCAUCAGCCUGGCUGUCCUCAACUCCGCCAUGAACCCUAUCAUCUACGCCCUGGGCAGCACUGAGAUGAGGAAGGCUAUCGCUAAGCUGCUGUGCUGCUGCUGCCUGAAGGUUGGCCUCUGUCGCCCAGACACGUUCACAUCCAAGGAGACCACCAGCACCUCGGAGAGUCGGAGGGACAGUCUGAGGAACAGUUUUAACAAAGUCAGAAAUCUGAGCGUGGCCUCCCCUCCAUCAACCCCUAACAAGCCUCGCAGAACACCCAAGAAAUAUAGGCUGAGCUCCACCACCAGCUGCCUGUCAGUUUCAAGUGGUUAAACCACAAUGUGCUCCCCUCCCAAACAAACAAGACCUGUGUGCAGUGAUACACAUCUAACCGUUUCCUCUGGGUUUCAUUGCUUUGCCUGCAGGUACUUGCACCGAUGAUUAAACACAGUCAGAAAGCCUGUUCAAAAUAUGAAUUUGUCCUUAAGUUUGCAAUGAUAAGCAAGUUUGUUUUGCAUUACCAGACAUUUAUUUUUUCAAUGCAUUUAAUGCAGACUCCUGCACACUGGCCGCUUAACUUGCAGACUCAAUAUGUAGUGUUGGGUGCGUCUACCUAAAUAUGUAGUUAGACACAGGUCGACCAAUCUCUCAUUGAGUCAAUCAAAUCUCAUGAAAUCAUAUACGAUGCAAUAUCAAUACGAAGGAAUAUACAUGUAUCCUCAUAUGCAAAACAAUAUAUAGCAGAGGAAAGUGUGCAUGAGUCUUUUGUUCCGCAUUGUCGAGCCUCGGUCGUCUCCUUACGCACCAAUAAACUCACCUGUCAGUCUUCAUUUACAAAAACGUCUGAAACCUUGAAAGUGUUCUCACUUAUAACUUUGUCUCGUGGUCGGGAACCUCUCAGUUAAACUCAGGAUCAGCUGAAACAGAGACAUGUUAAAUGACCUCCCUCCACACACCCCACACACACACACACAUACACACACACAUACACACACAAAUUACAAAUGUAAAGUUAUGUAUUGUAACUUCCUCUGACUGUAUUUUCUCUCUGUUUUACACUCACACACCGAAAAAAUAUAUAAUGUUCAACAUAAUGUGAUGUAAUGGAAGUUGUGUUACCCUGUGUCGUGUUCUUACCUCACGAUCCACAGGUUUGCAGAAGUUUUGCUCUUUGAUGCAUUCAAUAAUGUGCAUUUGAUAUACUGUAGUUGCACUGUACCAGUAAAAAAAAAGUAUAUUUUUUUAUAGAUAUGAAGGCGGAUUAUUUACCAGAAGUAGUGUCGACAUAAAAGUUAACAUGGAAAUGUAUGUUCAGUUUUGCAUUGCGUGUACGCCGGUUGUUUUACUGUAUGAUCAAAACCUGAAUAAAGUUUAUUUUGCUUUAUG